AAAAACUCCCAUCCAACCCUUUAGGUGGCAGGAAUGGACGCUCUGAGCUUGUGAAGCCUUUUAGUUCAUGUGUGUUUUUUAUGACGCUGCAACUGCUCAUUCUGGCUUGGCUGGUUCUGAGGAAGGAGGCAGAAAGCAGACAGGAGCGGAAAAAGAGGAUCCAAUAAGUUUUUUUCCUCCUACUUCACUGCUGCACUCAAUGUUGACACAUUGGAUAUCUGUGAGCAACGUUUGGGAACCAGUGAGAACCUGUGUGUGCUCUAGACCACAGCACCAGCAGGAUGAACUGGUCCGGACUGGAGAAUCUGCUGAGUGGAGUCAAUAAAUACUCCACAGCCUUUGGGAGGAUCUGGUUGUCCAUGGUGUUUGUUUUCCGUGUGCUGGUGUUUGUGGUGGCGGCCCAGAAAGUGUGGGGAGAGGAAAGCAGGGACUUUGUGUGCAACACUCGACAGCCUGGCUGUACCAACGUCUGCUAUGACCACAUCUUCCCCAUCUCCCACAUUCGUCUGUGGGCGCUGCAGCUGAUCUUUGUCACCUGUCCGUCUCUUAUGGUGAUGGCUCAUGUCAAAUACCGUGAGGGGAAGGAUAGGAAGUAUGUUGAGGUGAACCAUGGCUCCCACCUUUACGCUAACCCCGGCAAGAAGAGAGGUGGUCUGUGGUGGACAUAUCUAAUAAGCUUGGUCUUUAAAGCUGGAUUUGACACAUCAUUUCUCUAUAUUCUGUAUCGGAUCUACCAUGGAUAUGAUCUCCCCAAACUUUCCAAGUGUUCCCUGGAACCUUGUCCCAACACCGUUGACUGCUUCAUCAGUCGUCCAACAGAAAAGAAAAUCUUCAUGCUCUUCAUGGUUGUGUCCAGUGCAAUCUGCAUCUUAAUGUGCAUCCUUGAGAUGAUUUAUCUUAUUGGCAAGCGCAUCUUCAAAGUGAUAAACAUCCAAAAUGAAAACCAGAGGCUUGUGGUCACUGACCAACAUGAACUCACUACCAUUGCACCUCCCAGAUCCCAGUACUGUAGGGUGGAUCCGACAAUAGCAGAGAGCCAGCUGAGUUUAAAUAAGAGGGAGAAGACUAGGGAACAACAAAAAACUACAGUGCUGUAGCAUGAAGAUUGGUGACAAUCAGGAAGACUGAAUUAAUGGUUGAUCAUGUGAUCAAGAAAAACAGAAACAUUAAGGGUUUCCUUUGAGAGUAACUUCUGCUUCUCAGGACUGCAAGACAAAGUCCAGUACCUGAGACCCAGAAACCCUGAACAAUAUGCAGGUUAAAAUAUCAGGGCAAUUAUUACGGUUAACUGGUCCAGGAAUCUCUUUUUCUUGGCUUGGGGUUUUGUCUCCAGCUGAUGGGUACAACUGUAUAUGUUACUUAUAGUUUAGUAGUUAUAUUGUCCAAUCAGAGACAGGUUCUGUUGCAGGUACUAUGGUGGAGCAGUUCAGCCUCUGGAUGCAAUAAGGAGUUUUAGCAGUUUAGCGUAUUAGAAGCAGAUAACUUAAGAGUAUUUUUAUAGACAACAAAAACAGUUAUCUUGGAACUGAUGUAUAUCAUGGACUCUGUAUACUGCAGACUGUAUCUUCAUUGUUCAGCAAGACUGGAGGCCCCAACUGCAUGUUCUCCAGUUUGGUGGAGAUGUUAAAGGUCUGCUUUCAUCUCCCAACAAACUGCUGUUCCAAAUCAGAUUUUUCUUGAGUAUGGUCUGUUGGACCACUUGUUUGCUGAAUAUUGGACCAUUUGCACGAUGCUGGACGCCACCAGGCCUCCUGGCGUUUUCGGCCAUUUUGUAUCCAGGACAUUGCGACUGAUUCGACGGGACGCCCCAGUCUGACGUCACAGGACGCUAUAUAGGAAGGCGCCCAUUUUGACCAUUUGCUUUUCCAGCUGGAGACCGUGACACGGUUACCAACAUCUGAAGCAUCACCUGGAGAAGAGUCCUGAGUGGAUUUUAUUUAUUCUCUCUCGUUGGCCAACGAACAAUUCAUAAAAGAGGUUUCUGGAAUAAGAAAGCCAGAAAUUUCAUUUUGCUGAUCGAAGACGUGAGCUUAACACGUAACUAAAAAAACACGGAGUUUCAAGGAGACGAAUCGCCACCGUGUUUUGUUCUAGUCGACUUUGAUGGUCAGAUCAUAUUUUCCCUUUUGCCAAGGAGGCC